AUGUCGACUGUGAGUGAAGCGGUGGCGGAGGUUUCUGAGGCAGGCAGGUGUGUGGAGUACCCCAAGGUGAUGGGAGGGAAAGCUCUUCCGAAGUCUUGGGGUUACUUGCUCAGGCUCAGACUCACCUGCACGUCAGUGACCCCAGCGGCCAGCCAGGGCUCGGUGGUGACUGAGUCCGUCCUGCAGUACCGAGUGAGCAACGCCAGCAUCAGCACCACCGACAUUGAGCAGCAGCUGACACAAAGGCUGAACAGCCAGAACAGCUUUGGUGGACUCCAGCUGGACAAUAUCCGCGCCAACUCUGGCAGUUCUCCACCAGCCACCACGGCACCAGCUCCCCUGGUGCCUGGCUGGGGCAUCGCCCUGCUGGUCCUGGUCUGCAUCCUGCUGGUGCUGAGCAUCCUGCUCUUCAUCCUGCUGUUCCUGGGGUAA